AUUUACCUGUUGUGUCACGUUAUAUUAAUUUGUUAACGUUAAUAUUUCAAUAGCGAAUGUGUAGUUCUAGUAUAUCAUUAAUCUUAUGUGUGAUAGUCCUGUUAAUAUGGCAAUUAACAUAUAGCUGCUAGUUUAACCUGUAAUGCUCGUUUAAUGCUGUGCCAUUUGUCGUUGAAGAUAUGUCUUUAGCAAAUUUAAAACUGACGGCCUCGCAGCAGCUUGUCCUGCGGGCCUCUGAUGAGGCGGUGGCCUUCAUCGCCGCCAAGGGGCCACGCGGGACCGCCGCUGCUGCGAGGGCCAAGAAGCCAGAGGAGGUGGAGAAGGAGGCCCAAGCCCACGUUGUCUCCAAGGGUGGUGACCCUGGUAACCCCAUGCUGGUGCUGGGCUGCCACAGCAUCCAGUUUGGCAAGUACCAGGGUCAAACUUUCCGUUGGCUCCUGGAGAACGACGUGGGCUACACCACGCAGUUGGUUGCCAGCCACCAGCGGGAGCGGGAGAAAAGUGCCUCCGACAGCCCCCUUAUGGCCAACAAGGACGCACUCGCCCGGUACUCGUGCGCCCACCCUGCUUUUGCUGAGCAGCUGCGGUACCACCGGGCGCACGAGGAGGCCCGGGCUCGCGCCACUCAGCCCGGGUGUGAGGGCGAGGCGCUUGUUGGCUUUGGGGACUACAAGGAGGCCACCCUGAAGGACCUGUACGAAUCCAAGGAGAAGAAGCACCAGACCUUUGUCAAGUGGCUACGGCGGAAGACACCGCAGCCUGGGACCUCGAUGGACGCCGCCAGGAAGUACAUCCUGGGCCGAGACAAGGAGCGGUCGGCAGAGGUGGCUGCUACCCCCCCACCUCCCAGCAGCAGCAGCACCACCACCAGCAGUGGCCCCAGCAAGGCCGCUGCUUCCACCGCGCUGCCGCCACGCAAGCCGAUCGCUCCCAUGUUCUCGGCCCUACUGGGAAGGCGUCCAAUGGCCCCAGGUGAGCUGUUCCAGGUAGAUCUCUUUCUUUCUCUUUAACACAACAGUGGUUCAGUGUACAGGAUUAACUAACCAUUGCCCUCCCACCCCACAGCGGUGUCUACAUCCGUCAGAGACCAGCGCCCCUCGGUUCCGCCGCCGCCCCCCCCCACAGAGGUGACGGACGAGGAACUGGUCCAGAUGGCCACUGACUUAGAAACGGCUGAUGCUUGAAGACCAAAGGUAGGUUUGGCAGGUAAUGUAGCCGUCUUUGUCGGUGGUAGAUGUGUAGAACGUAGUGGCAAUGUAGAUUUGCUUAAC